CUCGCCAGGGCCAUGACUGGUUGUUUCUUUUCAGCGAUACAUGUUUGUGUUUGAGCACCACAAGAUAUCAACAAAGUCAAUGUUAUCGAUGAUCACAGCUAAAAUGAUGUCGCUGAAAUCAAAAGCACUCCCUCAUGUCACAUGUGAGAAUGCGGUGGUGUUGCCAAACAGGGCCUAUAUUUAGGGCUGGAAUGUACACAGAGGCCUCGUGGAAGGGGAUCAUAACAACAAGCAGCAUGUGGCACGAUCCUACAAAGAGACAGCCCCUUCUGGAUCGCAGAGUCACACAGCACCGACACGAGAGUAAAGUGGGAGAAAGUACAAGAAAAUGUCAAGACGUCACUUUUUCUGCUGAGUGCUUGCGGCAAACACUUUGAAGGACCCCGAAACAAGUCUUUCAUAGAGGCAAGAAGAAUGGUCCGACCAGCAAUGGAGGUGUUCCACUACAAAGAUAAAGAUCAAUCAUCCAACAUACUCCAUCAGCUCAAUAGUCUCAGACAGGAGAAACUUCUCACAGAUGUGUUACUAUGCUCCGACAACACCGAGAUCCACUGCCACCGUAACGUCCUGGUCUCCAGCAGCCCCUACUUCCGAGCUAUGUUCUGCAAUAACUUCAUGGAGAAGCGUCAGGCCAGGAUCAGCCUGCAGGGUCUAACCUCAGCCAUAUUGAACACUAUCAUUGACUAUGUAUAUACUGGCCUGGCUCAUAUUAGCAUGGAUAAUGUGCUGCCCCUCAUGCAGGCCACAUCUAUGCUACAGUAUGAUGGCCUUUUCGAGGCCUGUUCCAGUUUUCUUCAGGAUCAGGUGAGGCCCGACAACUGCUUGAGUAUGAUCAGAUUCUCAGAUAUCAUGAAUUGUAACACUCUGAGAGAAAAGGCAAAGGAUAUGGCGAUGAAGAGCUUCUGUGAAUUGUCUCAAUCAGAGGAUUUGUGCGAGCUCACAUUGCCAGAGCUGAUGGACUACCUGGAGGAUGAUAGUCUUUGUGCAGAGGAGGAGCAGGUCUUUGAUACACUUGUUGCUUGGAUCCACCAUGACCCUUCAUCCAGGUGGUACUCCAUCAGUGACCUUUUUAAGAAAGUGCGGCUUCGCUACAUCCACCCCACAUACCUGUUCCAGUUCAUUGCCAGCGACCCUCUGAUCCAGUCCUCCACACUCUGUAUUGAGCUGAUCGAAUCAGUCCGACGCCUCAUGUUUUCCGUCAGCACCAAAUCUUUGGGGGGCUUGACGGGUGACUUCAAACCCAUAUGGGUUGCACCAAGGCGCUGCAUCUACCAUGACAAUCUGGUGGUGGUAGGAGGGAGGAAGAACAACGAGCAGACCUCAAGAGAAGCUUUGGUCUUUGAUGAGAGGUGCCAGGAGUGGAAGCGUCUGGCCAAACUUCCCAUCAGACUGUACAAAGCUUCCUACGUGGCCCUUCACAGUGUGGUGUAUGUUACUGGAGGCCUGAGCACCAAUUCAAAAUACCGCCAAGUCAGCACAACUGUCUACACGCUCUCCCUUAAAACCAACGAGUGGCGGAUUGCCCAGCCUAUGCUGGAACCUCGCUUUGCUCACCAGAGUGUGUCCUACCUGCACUUUAUCUUUGUGCUGGGCGGACUUGGCUCUGACAGACGGCUGACAGACAGCGUAGAAAGGUACAACAGCAUGUUCAACCAAUGGGAGACCAUGUCUCCCAUGCCUGAUGCUGUUCUCAAUCCCGCUGUGGCCGCUACCAACCAGAGGAUGUACGUGUUUGGAGGGGAAGAUGCCAUGCGGAAGCCAGUCCGACUCAUCCAGGUGUAUCACAUUGCCAGAAACAUGUGGUGCAAGAUGGAGACCAGAACAGUGAAGAAUGUGUCUGCUCCUGCUGUCGUGAUUGAUGAAAAAAUCUACAUUAUUGGAGGAUAUACAAGGAGGAUGAUUGCAUACGACACUCAGGCUAACUCCUUUCUCAAGUGUGCCAACUUAAGAGAGAGGAGGAUGCAUCAUUCAGCUACAGCACUCAAUAACAAACUCUACAUCACCGGCGGACGCUACAUCAACAGCCACGACGUUAUUGAGGACUCGGACAAUUUGGAGUGCUACGACCCAAAGACAGAUGCUUGGACUGCCAAAGGGAGUCUUCCGUAUAAACUCUUUGACCACGGCUCUCUUACGCUGACUUGUGUGCCACAGACGUGGACUAACUUGUAGCAGUGAGAGUCAUUUACCAUAUUGAUCAAAGUGAAAGGCUGUCUUGAUGUAGAAAUAACUCAUUUUAAAAAUUAACUGUGUUUUGGAUCAGGUCCACUUUUGAGUAAUUCCCUCGUAGACACAACAUUGAGGUUCAUUCAAAAACAAGAAUUGGUCAAUCGAUUAGUGUGACUUAAAUGCAGUGUCAGCUUGACUUUUGAAUGCCUCAAUAUGCAUUUCUUAAUUUCAUUUAUGAGCUUUUGCUUGAUCUGUUUUUGAGUAGUUUCUGUAUAAGCUGCUGCUUGAAUGAAGCGAAAAAAUUGAGUAAUUAAAGUACUGUAAUGCCUUCGCAUUCGGGCAAAGAGAGUCACAGUCGCUGAUGCACUUUGAGCCACAUAGUGAAAAGGACAAGUAGUCAAACAGAGAUACAAAAUGAGAGCGCUAACAGGGAGAUGCUGGAAGGCUCCAACUCAUCCAGUGACGCUCACUCACAGACAAGAGUGUGACUGGCUCCUGUUCUUGAGGUCACUCACUUGCCCACUACCCCUUAAAAAGAAUACUGUACUGCGCCUGCCUCUCGGUGGUGGGCUCCAAGCUGCAAGUUCAGCUUAGUGCUAGCACAAGCACGACUAUUAUAUGCCGUUCUAACUUUCUCGGUUGUGUAAAUAUUUGCAUUUUGCGACAUAAACAUUAAAACUUGUUUGCGGCAGAUUACUCGAUUGGACAACAGAGUUAUUCAGUAUAAUGAUCCAAUCACGUUAGUGGUUAAUCAAGUUUCACCAUUGCCAUGUACAUGUGUUCUCGGUUCUCAGAAAUCGCAGUGUAACUUGUUAGUUAGCCAAGUAAUGGCGCGUGGGACUUAGAUGGCGCGAACUGAGCGACGGUGUGUUCAAAGUUUUACGAUGGCGAAAGUGUUAGAAAAAAAGGAUGAAGAUCGAGCGAGGGCAAUUGACAAGGAUGCUGGAAUCAAAAACUGUUUCAAACGGGCAUGGCUUGAAAAAAGUGUAACCGUGCAGAUAGGACCGAAAACGGUAUCAACAUGUCGAAGCGAACAUAUACAAAACGUGGACAUUCUUGUCAAAGUGCUGUGCACUCUGUGUUCCGAUAGCAGCAAAAAAUAUCCCCCGAUGGACAGACAUUUUCAGUGUUUUUCCAAAUUGGUCUUUCUCAUCCCCGUUUUACAGAUUAUACUGUUAAAUACUGUUGCAUCCAGUAAAUCGGUGGUCUUUUUGAAGGUAACAAGUGUUUUGUUAUAAUUACUCUUCCUUAUAAUUCGUGGAGUAAUUGUUUUGUCAUGUAAACCUCCUACUGUUUCUUGUUUGGGAUUUUUACUGUUUCUUCUAUGUAUAAAGUUCCAUAUGUUGUUUAAUUUUCAUAUUUCGUAGUACCUGUACAGAAACUUAAUUUUUUUAUCUCAAUUAAAUAUUCAAGAAUAUAUAAAUGAGUUUUAUUUUCAUUAUUCAGAUUUGUCUGCAUAGUGACUGGUUUC